AUGCUGUCUGUUUCAACACAGAUCCGUCUGAAUAGACCAGUCAACCUCAGGACCGAUUUCCUUAGGGAGGAGGCGAAACAGAUCUGCAGUGACGAGAGCAGGUACAAGGGCUAUAAUGGCGGAGACGGAGUCAGAGUGAUUGGCCAAGAAUUCAGGCAGAAGAAACUAAGAGUCAAAGGCUUUGAGGAUCUCAAACUUGGUGGAGGCGACAAAUCCGUCGCCGAACACAGCCAUGGCGUCAUGACGAUCCGCCGUGCAGGACGGCCGGUCUUCUCGUGGUUGUUUCUAGUGCUUCUAUCUCCACUGCUUGUAGACAGCAGUGUGCCAUGGUGGAUGUUCUAUUUUCUGGCCUUAGCAUCUCGCAUCUCAAGCAGUGGAGCGAGCCUUUGUUUGUAGAUCUGUUGUAGAUCGCCUUCUUCCCGGUGGUCCCGAUUAUGAGUUUCGAGUCCCUUCACUUUGCGUGUGGUUGCUUCUCUCCUUAUCGGUUCCAUUAUUUCCAAGUUUAUCUUGGUCUUUCCGCUACGUGUCCGCGCGUAUCUACCAGAGAUUUGGGCUUCUCUGUGGCGGGGUUUGUUUUGAGGACAACUUCCUCCUUCACGUCUGAAGCCUCUGUCCUCUCCGUUUGAGUCGAUCGUGUGUUGGAGUCCGAAUCGAGAGGUUUUCAUUUGCUGUGGCUGAUUUUUUAGCCUUGGUUGGUGUACUCCAUCGACUCGUUGUAGCUUAUGUUGCCUCGGCCUCUCUUUUCUAGCCCUUCUUCGCUUAGGUACUCAGUGAUUGGUUACUAUUGGUGCUUUGAAUCUCGUCUAGCUUUCACCGUCGAGUCUGGAUUUUGGCGUUCUACGUCUCUGUUGGCAUCUUCUACAUGUGGACAAUAGCAGAACUAUUAGGAGCAUGGUGUCUUGUGGCGUUUAGGCUCUCUCGUUGUUCUGGAUGCUCUAUGUCUCCUUUUUGUAGCGGCUUUGGUGUUUGAUAGGUUGUGGCUUAGCUAUCGGUGGUAGCUAGUCCCCCACUUCUUUUGAAAGCUCUUUAGUUGUAUCAUCCCUUUGGUUAUCUCCAGCUCUGCGCUGCUGACUUCGGGGAAUGAACUUGGUAUUGAGGGAGCUCGCACCUUUUGCAUUUUU